AUGAAAGCACAUGACUUGGCAACGCUCUUCGUACGAGAUGUCUGGAAACUCCAUGGACUACCGGAUUCAAUCGUAUCUGAUAGAGGACCACUGUUUGUCUCGGAAUUCUGGAAAGCGGUUUGCCACCGCCUACAGAUCAAUAUCAGCCUCUCCACAGCAUAUCACCCCGAAACUGACGGCCAGACGGAAAACGCUAACUCAUUUCUCGAACAAUACCUUCGCCAGUAUGUUAGCUUUGCUCAGGACGACUGGGACGAGUGGCUCCCAUUGGCCGAAUUCGCAGCCCGUAACGUUGUUAGCGAUUCAACGGGAAUGUCUCCAUUUUUUGCGAACACAGGCUACCACCCCCGAAUGAGCUUUGGUCCCCCUCGCGCAAUACCACUCGCGGCAUCCAAAGACCUGGCAGAACGCUGCAACGAGGGGAACGAAUUUGUCGCCAAGAUGCAAGAAAUCACUGAUCUACUUCGGACAAACCUGCUCUCAGCUCAAGCCUCACAAGAACAGUUCGCCAACGCAAAUAGAUCACCGGCGCCAGCGUACCGAGUUGGAGACAUGGUGCUACUUAGCACACGCAACAUCGAUUCGACCAGACCCAUCCCCAAACUAGAUCAUAAGUUCAUUGGCCCUUUUCGAAUCGAGCGCGUGCUCAACCUCACUCCUACCAACUGA